CUUCAUCUUCAAAUGUUGGAGUGUUCGGCCACAUAGCAUUAAUUAUAGAUUCAAUAGCUUCAUCAGAAAGAUUUCGCAUUCUUAUAAAUAAUGGUUUAGUAUAUUCCAUUAGAAUUUCUGAUUAUAGAAAACUCGUAACUGUUGCAAAUAUUUCAUGUUCUUUAGAAGAUCUGCUAACUGUUUUAGUAAGUGGUGAAAUGCUAAUACUUGAACUUUUACUCUUUCUUUUAAUAAUUGAAGAAGUUGAUAUUGAAGAAGUUGAUGAUGAAAGAGUUGAUGUAAUUAAAGAAGUUGUUGUUGAAGAAGUUGGUGAUUUACUGGUUAAAGAAGUUGGUGUUGAAGAAGUUAGUGAUUUACCGGUUAAAGAAGUUGAUGUUGAAGAAGUUGAUAAUUUACCAGUUAAAGAAGUUAAUGAUCUGGUUAAAGGCAUUGAUGUUGAAGAUGAUUUGUUGAUUAAAGGAGUUAUAGUUGAUGUUCCUAGAUAUAAAAAAAGAACAAAAAAAUGUCAUCCUUUAUCUACAAUACAACCUUCUACAAAUACUUCAGAUUCAAUUUCUAACAAUAUAUUUGGCAGUCCUUUUGUAUUUCAAACUGAUUUUAAUCAUUUCAAUUUUAAUGAUUUCAUAAUAAACCAAAAAGAAGUAAAUAAUAAUCUUGAUGAUUCUAGAAUAAUUCAUGAUCAAAAUGAGGUAGAGAUUGAUCAUGAUAAAGAUGACUCUAGAAUAAUUCGUGAUGAAAUCGAUUAUGAACAAGAUGAGGUGGAGAUCAAUCAUGAUGAUGAUGACAAUUCUAGUACAAAUCAAGAUGAAGCAUUGCCAACUUUUAAAACAUAUGAUGAUUCGCCUCAUUUAUCACAUUAUCAAGGAGAUUAUGGGCCAUAUUUUCCAACUUUUACAGCAAUGGCAUUAUUUAUUUAG